ACUAGUAAUGAGUUACUGCUCAACACUGUACCUCACACGCUGCUUACAGGUCUCACAAUGCAAAGAUCCAACCUCUACAGGUGUCCUGUUAUCAUGGAGAUGCAAUAAAUCUUCCUUCCUCUUGCUAUAAAUACUUUGUGAUAACAUACGACCCAUCCCAGAAUAAAGGUCGGACAAACGCCACACAACCGGUUCAGCCCCCUCACAGCCCCGCCCCAUUGCGCACACCUGUGGCGCACAGCAGCCUCACCUGUACGGAGCCUUUUUGCGCCCUGCCCGGGCAAAUAUCAGCUUCCAUUAGCUCACCUGCUCAGACAAUCCCCAUCAGCCCGUUCCUGAACGUGUCUCUCUCCCCCACCUGACAUGCUGGAGCUCCUGGCUUACCUGCAUGACUCCGAGCUUGUGGCCCGGUUCCAGAGACGAUGCGGACUCUUCCUAGUCGAAGCCGCGCAUCACAGCCGAGGAGGGACGCCCGACACCCCACGUGGACAACUGAGGGGACGAUGGGACCACCAGGAUAAUAAUUCAAACUUUAAACACAAGGAGAAUGGAUUUGCCAUUGGUGGCUGCAGCAGGCCUCAGUAUGAGGUGAGGAACUGGCUGUUGUACUUCCUCUUCCUGUUCUCGGCAGGCCUAGGGCAUGAAAUCUUCUACAUCACCUGUCUGCCCUGCAUACAGUGGAACCUGGAUCCAUUCCUGUGCCGACGCCUGGUCAACAUGUGGACCGUGGUGAUGUACGUUGGCCAGGUGAUGAAAGAUUUGCUGAAGCUGCCUCGCCCUCUCUCACCCCCUGUGGUCAAGCUGGAGACGCGUGUCAAUGCAGAGUACGGGCUGCCCUCCACCCAUGCCAUGGCUGCCACCGCCAUCUCCUUCACGCUUUUACUAAGCGCUCCCUCCAGGAUACAGUUCCAAUUCGAGGUGGGUCUGCUGAUCGCAGUGACGCUGUCGUCCUUGGUGUGUCUGAGCCGCCUCUACACUGGCAUGCAUUCGGUUUUGGAUGUGAUCUGUGGCGCAUUAAUCUCCGCCAUCCUCGUGUUCCUCACCUACCCAUACUGGGAAACCUUCGACCAUUUCCAGCUCAACAGCCGUAUCUCCCCCAUCGUGGGGUUGUUGUUGCCCCUCUUCCUCAGCUACAAGUACCCGGAGCUGGACCAUUACAGCACCACGCGGGGGGACACAACCAUCAUUCUAGGAGUAGGGGCUGGGUGCUCUGUGGGAUACUGGGUGAAUGAACAGCUGGGGCAGACAUUGGUGCCCCAGGGGGUGCUACCUGUGCCCCUACCCACACUGACGCCAAAUGUGCUGGCACUAGGCGCGGUCCGCCACCUCGUGGGAGUUGUAGCAUUAGUGGGAACUCGGCAGGUGGUGAAAACCUUGAGCCUGCAGGUGUUGUAUUCAUGGUACGGCGUGGCAAAAAAUGACGACAGUGCCAGGAGGAGGAGAGAGAUCGAAGUGCCUUACAAGUUCACCACAUACACUGCUGUUGGACUUGUUAAUUCUAUACUGGUCAAUAGAGUGUUCAUUCUACUGGGGCUAAUGUGAUCUAUUAACACAACACUAAUGUAUAAGGACCUGAACUGAACACAAAUGUACCUCAUAUUUAUUUCAAUGUGCAUCAAAUGACCUUUUCUACAGGUUAACUUUCUCAUACAAGCAGCUUGGGCGGGGAAUGAUUGACAAGUGUACUUGUAACUGAGCUGAAAGCAAAUCCAAUAUUUUGUUCAGGCAGCAAUAAAGUUUUUAUAACUUAA